GUAACCAAGACGCACGUGUAGGAUGAGCCAGCUAUCAUCAUGAAAUCUUCACAUAUUCCAUUUUACAACACGUACUUAAUAAUUUUGAACAUAGGAGGAAGUCAAUGUAAUGGAUAGGAGUAUUAAAGUUCCGGUACGGAUUAAAAAAAAAAUUUCGCUCGGUAAAAAAAUCAUAACAUUUUCAUUUUCACAGCUAUCAUCAUGAAACCUUCACAUAUUCCUAAUAAAAACAAGUACUUUUAUAAUAAAAUUGUAAAAAAAUUCCAGCAAAUUUUUUUUUUCCGCCACUGAGUAGGGGUUUCAUUAAUUUAUUUCAAUAAACCAAAAAUUUUCUGAUUUCCUAUCAGAACCUAAUUAACAAAACAGAACUCUUCAAAACCUUUCAUUUGAUGUAUAGUUAUUACAUAUUCUGAUCAUUCUUAGGUGCAUUGUCAGUGUUUAACUUUAUGCGCGAUUUUCUCAAAACUACGAUUUUUCGGUUACGAGGUUCUGGCGCGGCACGCCUCAUAUGUAACACACCAGUUAAGACGGUGACAAAGUGACACUUAGAAUGGUUUAGCCCAAUACUGUCUUAUGAUUAUUUAUUGCCUAAAACAUACAUAAGACAUUUACAUUGUCAUUUAAAUUUACAUUAUCAGCAAGAGGUGAUUUAAAGUAAACAGGAUGAUUAUGUAGAUUAUCUGCAAAUACAAUGCCCUGUAUGGUCAAUCGAUCAUUUGAAAAUACCUUGUGUUUUUUUUUUUGUUUGUUUUGGGGAAGAAAAAAUGAUGAAAAAGAAGACAAAGAAGAAGAGGAAAAAGAAGAGGAAGAAGAUGAAGAAAAAAGAAGAUGAAAAAGGAGGAAGAGGAGGAGGAGGAAGAAGAGGAAGAGGAGGAAGAGGAGGAAAAGGAAUAGGAGGAAGAGGAAGAAGACAAAGGGCCGUAUUACAAGUCGAAUCCAAGAAGUUUCUGGUCCCUACAAAGGUCGUUCUAAGGGCUGUAUUACAAGUACAAUCCAAGAAGUUUCUGGUCCCUACAAAGGUCGUUCUAAGGGCUGUAUUACAAGUACAAUCCAAGAAGUUUCUGGUCCCUACAAAGGUCGUUCUAAGGGCUGUAUUACAAGUACAAUCCAAGAAGUUUCGGGUCCCUACAAAGGUCGUUCUAAGGGCUGUAUUACAAGUACAAUCCAAGAAGUUUCUGGUCCCUACAAAGGUCGUUCUAAGGGCUGUAUUACAAGUACAAUCCAAGAAGUUUCGGGUCCCUACAAAGGUCGUUCUAAGGGCUGUAUUACAAGUACAAUCCAAGAAGUUUCGGGUCCCUACAAAGGUCGUUCUAAGGGCUGUAUUACAAGUACAAUCCAAGAAGUUUCGGGUCCCUACAAAGGUCGUUCUAAGGGCUGUAUUACAAGUACAAUCCAAGAAGUUUCUGGUCCCUACAAAGGUCGUUCUAAGGGCUGUAUUACAAGUACAAUCCAAGAAGUUUCGGGUCCCUACAAAGGUCGUUCUAAGGGCCAUAUUACAAGUCCAAUACAAGGAGUUUCUGGUCCCUACAGAGUUAUUCAUCCCGAACUCUGUAGGGACCCGAAAAUUCUCGGACUGGACUUGUAGUACGGCCCCUAAACCGACCUUCAUAGGGAUCCGAAGCUUCUCGGGUUUGACUUGUAAUACGGCCCAAAGAAGAGGAAGAAGAGGAGGAGGAGGAAAUGAAGAAGGAAAAGGUGGAAAGAAAAGUCGGAAACUUUCGUUUAGUCGGCGCAACAUCUGUGGUCAUAUGCCGGAGAGAGACAAAAGGGGAAGGAAUUAUAGAAGGGAACAGAUCCCAGGAGACAGGACACAACCCCCGAUUAAUACCUGGUACCCAUUCACUGCUGGGUAGACAGGGGCGUAGGGUAUCGGAAAAGCCGCCAAAUUUUUCCACUCCGCCCAGGAAUCGAACCCAGGCUCUCUCGGUUGUGAGCCGAGUGUGCUAACCACUGCACCACGAAGCCCCCAGGAAAAGGAGGAGGAGGAGGAGGAGGAAAAGGAGCAGGAAGAGGAGGAAAAACUCACUUAAAAUAGCAUAAACUGGCAUAUGCAUCCAAUGUGGCAUUAACCCCUUCAACACGAGGACGCGUAUACUGCGUCCUUGCGUGCCCCGUACCAUAUCCGAGGACGCGCAUACUGCGUCCUGGCUCGCUUUAGCCAAUAUACGAGUUAUUUUAUCUCUAUAUUUAUGAAUACAUCUCAAAAUUAUCAAUUAAUUCAUGUUUCUUAAAGUGCACCAUUUAAUUCUGCAUGUUUUUAUAUAUAAUACAUGAUGAUUGUGUUGAGUUUGUGGCUGAAAACUUAUUAUAUUCAAUAGUGACAUUUGAAAUUUGGCGCACCUGGUGAUCCCGGAUACAGAGUGGGGCGCUGUUUGGGCCCGGCCGUAGUGAAGGGGUUAAUAAGUGUACAGAGCAAAACAAAUGUAUUCAAGGAGGGAGAA